GUAGUGGUGGAUGGCGCGAGCCGGCCGGUUGGUUGAUCGUGUGAUACGCGGGGGAAGCUCGUCGGGAGGCACGACCAGUCGGCCAGUCAUCGCUCGUCGACCAGUCGUCGCGGGCACAUUUCCAGGAGUCUCGUCUAUGCGUGUGUUGCGUCCGAGGAGGUCCCUUGGUCCUGCGUCCAUUCAUUUCGCUCAUCUUGAUCGACAUCGAGGUCGGUAUCGAGGGACAUCGCUAAAACGGAAGCGCGUGCACGAGAUCCAGAAAUUCGAUAAGGUUUCGACAUGGUCGUUCCAACGGACCAUGCGCUCCACGAGGCGAUUCAAGUAUCGCCGCUGAUACUUUCUGACGAUGUGAGACGACAAAAAAUUGAGAAUUAUACAGCGAAGAUGCGAUUCUCCGCGGCAACCGCCAGGAAGAUACAAGAUGUUUUUAUUUCGGAAAUGAAUAAGGGAAUCCAUCUACAAUCCUCUUCAUUACAAAUGGAAAACACCUAUAUACCGGAACUGCUCGAUGGAACAGAGGAAGGUCUCUAUUUGGCUCUCGAUCUUGGCGGCACCAACUUUCGUGUACUUCUGUUGGAAUUGGCUCACGGUGCUCCCAUACGACAAGAAGUGAAGCGAUACUACAUUGGAUCUGAGUUAAGGGUCGGUUCAGCAAUCCCUCUGUUUGAUUAUCUGGCUGAAUGUGUCAGUGAUUUCGUCAUCGCUCAGGGUCUUCAGGACGUAGAGCUUCCUCUCGGUUUCACAUUCUCAUUUCCAAUGAUUCAACAUUCGCUGGAUGUUGGUAUUCUCGUGACAUGGACCAAGACUUUCAACUGUCCCGAUAGCGUGAAUAAGGAUAUUGUAAAACUAUUGCGAGAAGCCUUAGACCGACGAGCCGAUACGAAGGUGAAGGUUGUUGCAGUCCUAAACGAUACCACGGGUACCUUAGUACAGGGUUCGACAUUGGAUCACAAUGUAGCGAUCGGACUUAUUCUAGGAACUGGCAGCAACGCCUGCUAUCUGGAACGAGCCGACCGGGUCGAGCAUUGGGAGACUGAAAGACACGGUGAGAGAGAAGUUAUCAUUGAUAUUGAGUGGGGUGCUUUCGGCGACAACGGUGUUUUGGACUUCAUCAAAACGGAUUUCGAUCGCGAAAACGACGCCAAUUCUCUUAUCGUGAAUUCGUUUACAUUUGAAAAGUAUAUUGCUGGCAAAUAUCUCGGUGAAGUGGUACGCGUGAUACUUGUGAGGUUGAUCAAAGAGGGGCUGUUAUUUGUAGGAGAAACUGUACUAAAUGGCCUUUUGAUACCUGGCAAUCUUACUACUGAUCUGGUGUCACAUAUCGAACAGGACUCUAUUGAUGGCGGUAACAGCAAUACCAAGGAGGUUCUCAAGAAAUUUGGCAUCAUUCCAGAUGAAGACGAUAUCAAUAUUGUUCAAUAUGUGUGCGAAGUUGCUUCUAAUCGAGCGGCUCUUUUGGUAUCAAUAUGUCUCGCGAGUUUAUUGGAUCGUAUUGAUAAGGAACAAGUCACGAUUGCCGUAGAUGGAUCCCUUUAUAAACAUCAUCCUCGAUUAGAAAACUGGAUAAAGCAAUAUAUCUCAUUACUCACCCCGGGACGACAGUUCAAAUUAAUCCACGCGGAAGAUGGAAGCGGCAAAGGUGCUGCACUUAUUGCUGCUAUUGCACAACGACUCCAGAAGCGAUUACAAUAAUCGCGAAUACACUAGAAUUGUCACAGUUAUCGUCGCAAAACAAUAUGCAAGUCGAUAGUCAGAAAUAUUUCAACAGGUCCUAAAUUACAAUAUCAUAAUUUUCUUUUAGUAUCUGUCAAUAUCAAUCCCUUCGAUCAAUAUUUGCAUCGGAUUAUAAUGUAUUGUA